CUGGUUGCAUCAGUGGACGUCAUCUGCUUACCUUCAGGUGCUCUAAACAUCGCUCAACGAGAUCUCGUUCAGCCAACGAAUGCUACCGUCAUCACUGGAGUUGUGCUUUCUUCGGAGUCAGCCGACAGGUUUGUAGUCUGCAGUCUGAGAAAGAACUUGGAUCAUGCAGGCCAGUCCGAAAUCUACGUGGUGCUGGAUGAAGCGCAGAUUGGACUGCGAAUAAGAGAGUCAUACGCUAUCGACAUCGAUAGAAAGUUCAAUUAUAUGGAAAGCCUUGGUUUGCUAGAUGUGCAGAUAUCGGUUCCACCUCAGUAUAAAGUCCUCAGUAGCCCAUCGAUGACUCGAACAGCCGACACUCCUCGCGUCGAAGGUCUUAUCAAUCCGUUCCCGGAAGAGCCGUUCCAACAGCAAUUCUCCUCAACUCACAUGGACCAGCGUUAA